UCUGAAGAAGCAGACGGCUGCCCUGUCGUUCUGGUCUGUGGUGACCAGGACGUUGGAAAGUCAACAUUUAACAGAUACCUGAUUAACCAGUUGUUAAAUAGUAUUCCCUGCAUUGACUAUUUGGAAUGUGACCUGGGGCAGACAGUCCACGCCUCCCGGCUGCAUCUCUUUGCUUAAUGUCACAGAACCAGUUCUGGGACCGCCGUUCACCCACCAGAGGACACCACAGAAGAUGGUGUAUUAUGGGAAGCCUUCUUGUGAGAACAACUGCAAGAAUUAUAUUGAGAUAAUAAAAUAUGUGUUCAGCUCUUAUAAGAGAGAGUGCCCGCUUAUCGUCAACACCAUGGGCUGGGUGGAAGACGAAGGGCUCCUGCUGCUCACGGACCUGAUCCGGCUGCUGUCUCCCACCCACGUCGUCCAGCUUCACUCUUCCCAGAGUAAAUACAUGGCCAGCCUCACCCCGGACUAUGUGGAUGACAUGGAUGGCCUGUACACGAAGAGCAAGUCCAAGGUCAGGAACCGCGGCUAUGAACUUGCAGAAUUCGCAGAUAAUUUGGAAUUUGCUGACGAAGAUAAAGAGAGUCCAGUUCUUUUUACUGGACAUAAACUGAUGAGUGUUUAUUCAGAGUUUUCAUUCAGAAAAACUUCAAGGAAUAGGGAGUCACAUAACAGAAUUUUUCGAGAACUGGCAGUGUUAGGUUAUCUUGGCCAGCUGCUGCCCCCAGUGCCAAAAUCACUCAGUCCUUUACAUGGCCUGACGCCCUAUCAGGUCCCUUUCAAUGCAGUCGCCCUCCGGAUUGCCCACGCUGACGUUGCCCCUACCCACGUUCUGUAUGCUGUGAAUACCAGCUGGGUUGGCCUUUGCAAGAUCCUGGAUGAUGUCAGAGGCUACACAAAGGGGCCCAUCCUGCUGGCCCAGACUCCCAUCUGUGACUGUUUGGGGUUUGGAAUCUGUAGAGGCAUCAACAUGGAGAAGCGACUGUACCACAUCCUCACUCCUGUGCCCCCAGAAGAAUUGAGAAUGGUGAACUGUCUGCUGGUUGGGGCCAUUUCCAUUCCACAGUGUAUCUUCAAGAGCCAGCGUGGACCUGAAGGAACGAUUCCCUAUGUCACAACAGAUUAUAAUUUUAAACUUCCUGGAGCAUCAUAGAAAAUUGGAGCAAGAGAAUUUAAUGACACUCAGGAAGGGAAACUAUAUUGAAGACCCAGGUUCUAUCGGAAAAAGUAAACAAGUUUCAACAAGAGGAGAGACGUUUGUACCAGGAAG